AGUCACGCACUGCACACCCAUGAAUAGGAUACGACACAGAAUAUAACCCCGAAAUAGAGAUUCAGAAGGUUAGGCUCCAGGGUUUACCUUCUCUCGUAAACGGAUGCAGAUGCCUUGGUUCUACACAUAAAAGAAGGUAACUUCGCAACCCCUUCACAUUCGCUGAGCCGAGCUGACUCAGAAGAAACUUGCCGUAUCAAACUCGCGCUCUUUCAGCGGCGAACCGGUCUUUGCGGCAAAAGCUAUGGAGGCCCAUUCGUCUACGCCUGCGAGCACAACUGCGGUGAAGCGAGAGAUUGCAGAUAUCACAGCGUCUAAUGGAACGAGUGUUGCGGAGGCUACGGAUGAUAGGAGCCCUCCCUCUAAACGGCCCAGGACAGACGACAGCGGAACAGAGGCACGCGGACCCCUUCUGAAGAGUGAACCACUUACCAACGGCCAGGGCACAGGUACCGGCAACCCCGGGGACGACGAUGACUACGGCUUGGAUUUGUCCGAAGAUGAAUCCCACGAGAAGGACAAGGAGAAUGCCCAUAGAAAGAAUCAUAGUGGCAAUAGUAAGGGCGUGAACGGGGGGGUUGCGGAGAUUGUGGAUGCCAAGGUGGGGGACAAGGACGAGAAGGCGGAUAUAAAGGACGGCGAGAAGCCGGUCGAUACGGAGGCGAGUGUGAAAGACGAGACGGUGGAGCCGCAACACGCGCAGGACGAUAAGUCGGACGCUAUCACAGACACGCCAAUUGAGGCGAAUGAGGAGAUGGCGGACGAUAGAGAUCGGAGCGAUCGUGUCUCGCAUGCGAACGAAAACGGCGACAACGAAAAUGAGAAUGAGAACGAGGAGGACGCGCAACGAAGUGUGAGUGAGAGCAGUGAGGUAGUGGGAAGCGCAGGUGUGCACAAGUCGCAGGAGAUGGAGACUCAGGGAGAGGAACCGGAAGGUGGAGAAGAUGCAGAGAUAUACGGAGACGGAGAUGAGCACACGGCCAAUGGCGUGUCUAGUGCGGCUCCAUCCGAAAGUCACAUGUCUGAUGGAAACCUUUCGGAUGUGCACACUGACGCGCGGUCGGAUGUACAACCGAGUAUGGAACCCGACCACUUUGAUGAGGACGGCGAUAUCGAUGUGAAGGAGCUAAGGUUCAAGAGUCUGGAUGGCAUCAUGCGCACAUUGUGGAAGAAUGGGGACGCUUGGCCGUUCCAUUUGCCCGUGGACGAUGUGGCGCUGAAGAUCCCGGACUACUAUAAGAUCAUUACCAGGCCAAUGGAUAUGACGCAGAUAAGCAAUAAACUCAAGGAACGAAUAUACGAAAGCGUAGACGCAUUUCAGGACGAUUUCGAACUGAUGUUUCGAAACUGCCGGAUGUACAACAAACCCGAAAGUGAUAUCGCGCGCAUGGUGGGCAACUUAGAGACUGCGUUCCACAAGCAGAUGGAUAAGAUGCCGAGUGAUGCAGAUCUCAUUGCCAAGCAUCGGGUGAAAUUGGAGAAGAAAAACACCAAACGAGCGGUCAAGAAAGCCACCAAGACCCGUACCAAAGGUGCAGCGAGAGCGUUAACGGGUAAAGCCCCGGGUGCGGGUGCCGGGUUGACGGCGAAUAAGAUAUCGGUGAUGAAGCUCAAGGAGAGGCAAACAGAUAAUACGGCGGGACGUGGGGCAAAUACUUCUUUGCCUAUGUCGCGCACACAGUCAGUCGAUUCGUUUGGGGUGCGCAGGACGUCACGGAUGUCUCUGGGGGGGAUAGAGCCGGCGAGCGACAUAAACCUGUACGAGCGAGCGCUGGACAACAGGCCUGCAAGGGAUAGAAGGGCGGUGGUGCCGUUAGUAGCGGAGAUGGAGAUCAAUUUACGGCACAAGCUUACGGUGCAAUUGAAAUACUGUGGGAAGAUUCUUACCGAGUUCCUGCAUAAGAAAUACUACCCCCGAGCGUGGCCGUUUGUGGUGCCCGUUGACCCGGAACUCUUAAUGCUCCCGGACUACUUCAAGAUUAUCAAGAAACCCAUGGACUUGAGCACGAUGCAAAAAAAAUAUGAUAACAGGGAAUAUGCAUCGGCUGAGGAUUUUGCUAACGACAUGCGGCUCAUGUUUGCCAACUGCUACCGGUACAACAAGCCCGGUCAGGAUGUAUAUGAACUGGGCAAGAAGCUCAGCGUUGAUUUUGAGCAACGCUUUGCGCGGAAACCGGACGAGCCCAUCGCCCCACCGAAGACGAGAAAUAAACUAAAACACGCACAAGGCACAUCCCACUCAGUGGGUGGGGGUGCGACGCAUAGGCAACGACAGGAAUAUUACGAGGACGAAUUCGAAGAAGACGAAGACGAAGCGGAAGAGGCGCCGUUCAGGACUCAGGCGGAACUGGACCACGUGGAACAGCUCAGGAAAAUGCAGGAGAUGGUGGCGACGCUGCAGUCGAAUAUCGAGGCGCUGACGCGCACAACCAAUAAACAGGCCUCGUCUACAGGCAGUCGCAGGAGUGGCCCUGCUACCGGUACGGCGGCCAGGAAGGGCAAACAGGCGGCGCCAUCAAGGAAGAGCACGAGCACGAAUAACAGUAAGGUUACCAAUACACACCACGCACCCGCGGCUAUGAAACGCGCCCCGCUGCCCAAGCCACAACCACCGGCCGUGCAGGGAAAGCCCAAAGAGGAUACCAAACCCAUGACGUUCAUGGAGAAGAAAACGUUGAGCUUGAACAUCAAUCGCCUGCCUGGAAGCCGCAUUGCCAAGCUUGUAAGCAUCAUACAGACUUGUAUACCCGAGCUCGCCAACUGCCCGGCGGAGGAGCUCGAGAUAGACAUUGACUCGCUUGAUCCCCUCACUCUGCGUGAGUUGGAGAAGUACGUCAACAGCGCCAUGGCCGAGCCCUCACAGCCGCCCAAGAAACCCGCGGCUAAGCGAGCACCCGCACGUCGUAAAGCAAUCCCCAAGAAACAGGCCCAGGCCUCUGGGUCAGGGUCGCAAGCCCGCGGUAAUGGCGGGGCCCAUCCACCUGCGUCUCGGGGUGCCGGUAGUGGGUAUCUGAGCGAAUCUCAGCGUAUGCGCAGAGGAGGGUCGAGCUCUAGUUCUAGUUCGGAUUCUUCCAGCGGGAGCUCGUCUAGCGAUAGCUCGGGCAGUGAUAGUGAGAGUGAAGCGGAAGUGACUACAUCGUCGAGAAGCCGUGGGACCGGUGGCAAGGGUGGAUCAAGACCUUCAUCGGCCACAGGUACUAAGAGUGGUUCGUUAGGGGCUCCGCAACGGCGUGCGUCCGCCGCCUCUGCGAGUUCGAUGACCAAGCCUGCUACCAGUAACACAUCGCCUGCACCGGGCAUCAAUGCAGGUAUACAGCUGGCACCUGGGCCCCCGCCUAAGCCCAAGGAGAGCAAGCUGCUGCUCGGCGAAGCAGCCCGUACGAGCCAGGCUCCACGUACAAAUGCUCUCAAGAUGGUACCCAGUGCGAGUAAGGCCCAUGGCGUCAAGCCUGGCAGCAAGCCGGCGAUCAAGGUGGGCAACGUGAACGCGUGGUCGUCCCUAGCAACGGGGGGCGGUGGGGUUGCUAGCAGUGGCAACACGCCUAGAGGUACGUCCCCGGCCACAGGGAACUCGCCCGCGUCUCGUAUUGGCAACUCAGUCUCACCGGCGGAUGGUAGUGGUGACCGGUUGAAUGAGUACCGUAAGAAGGCGCUGCUCAAGUCGACCCAGGAGAAGCUGGGCGGCGGGGAGUUGGGGGGUAUGAGUGUCAAAUCAGGUACUAACAUGGCCUUGUCACGCAAUGGAUCCAUGAGCUCGGUUGGUGUGUCUGGGCGAAGCCCCAUAUCGCAUUCAGGCCAAAAUACGAAUACGACUACGAAACAUAGCGGGAGUGCCGACGAGUCUGAUAGUGCUGGCCCGGGCAGAGAUGAGGCGGUGGCGGACGACCAGGACGAUCGGGCCAAGCGACGGGAAGAGGAAAGGCGUAGGCGAGCGCAAGAAGCCAAUCAAGAACAGAGCACGGCAGCCCACGACGCCAUCAGUGGGGAGGCGCUCGAAGAGUCGUUGUUCAUGUUCGGAUAGGUCUCGGCAACACGUGAUGGUGCAUCGCCUGCCAUGGUCUGGCACACAUAGGACUUUGUGUGCAACUGUGGAUAAUACUAUGCUUGUAGUUCAUUUGCAUACUAGAUGGGAGCGGAGAAAUUAUGUGCCGGCAUUCAGUGCGAUCGUGUCCAUGGAUCGCACUUAUCUAUGGCCGAUCGAGUUUAACGCGGAAAGGAGGGGUGCUCGGUAUUGUCUGCGAUUGAAUCUGUGGGCGUGGGCGUAGGCGGAGCCACACACUGAACUCAGGCUCAGAGUCACGUUCAUUCGAGUGGCUGUCUCUAAGAAGGGGAUCUCGAGGCUUCGCUCUGAAUGCGCACUAUACAAAAUAGUUGUGUUGGGCAUAUGGACCGGCAUGAUGACAAUGGGCCUAUACAUCGCGAGUCGGCAUAUAGUACGGCCGGACUGCUUGGCAGAUGGAUCGUGCUGCAUAUCUAUCUGUACAUAUUAUUAAGAGAUAUACACACGUUUGCAUCGCCGGCAUCGACCGACUGUACACAACACCCACCCUCGCACUAUAUGCGAGUGGUGAAUGGCCGUCUUCGCCGCAUUCGUGUAUGCUGCCGAUUGGCCGAUGGGUCGGAUUGUUGCGCGUAUGCUGUUGUCCAAACUCUCUCGGUUUCGCUGCACAACGAGAUGUAUUACAAUAAAUUCAAAUCCCUGAACCCGCUUGUAUUUUGUGAUCAGUGUGUGGGUACAUAUGAGUGACAUGAUAAUUUACUUGCUCGAUCGCCUUUUGGGUUCAGCCAGCGCUCCGCAUGCAUACUAGCUUGCAAGUUUACCGUUUGAAUUGAAGAUGCAGCAUAUUCCU